AUGUACCCCAAGGAGCUGCCCUCAAGGCUCCUCGUGGAUCCAAUGGGGCUACAAGAGACCAGCCAGCACCUCUUCAUCCUCCUCCUGCUGGGCCGGCUGGGUGCCUCCUGCACAGCUGACAGGUGCUGUUUUGCAGAGCUGCCCUAUCUGGAUGAAGACUCAGGUUCCUCCUCUGGCCCCAGGAACCUCACUUGCUACCGGGUCUUCAACACAGAUCACUACGAGUGCUCAUGGCAGUAUGAGGGUCCUGUGGAUGGGGUCACCCACUUCCUGAGGUGCUGCCUCAGCACUGAGCACUGCUGCUACUUCUCCGCGGGCUCCUCCACCCUGGUGCAGUUCUCUGAGCAGGAUGGUGUCCACGUGCUCUCCAAUGUCACGCUUUGGGUGGAGUCUCAGAGGGCAAAUUGGACCAUGAAGUCACAGAAGAUAACACUGCAGCUGUUCAGCUGGGUUAAGCUGGACCCUCCCCUGGGAGACAUCAAUGUGUCCCGGUCUGAUGGUCAAAUUCGGAUGAUGUGGGAGACGUCAAAGGACGGUGCGGAGGUACAGUUCCGACGAGGCACUCCCAACAGCGGCUGGAUAUUGGGUGACUGUGGACCCCAGGAUGUUUCUGGCUUAGAGUCCUGCCUCUGCCCUUCGGAGUUGAAUGUGGCCCAGAAGUUCCAGGUCCGGCGCCGGCGCCGGCUCCCAUCAGGGAUUCCCGGAGGGCCCUGGAGUAGCUGGAGCGGCAAUGUGUGUGUCCCACCUGAAACCCUUCCCCAGCCCAAGAUUAAGUUCCUGAUGGAGCCACUGGGCCAGGAUGGGAGGCGGAGGCUGACCGUACAGGGGCAGUCACUGCAGCCUGAUCUUCCAGAGAACUGCCAGGAUGUCAUGCCGGGUGGGCAGGUGACACACUUGGUACACAUGAGAAUGCUCUCCUGCCCCUGCCAGCCCUGGACCUCAAGGACUGUGAAGCUGGGCAAGACGUUGCACAUCUCUGGGGCCGCCUACGACAUGGUUGUAGUUGCCCAGACACGUUUUGCACGAAGUCCCAUCCAGACCUGGCACCUUCCAGCCCAGGAGUUUUCAGCUCUGGGACCUCUGAACAUCAGCCAGGAAGGCAACAGGACAUCCCUGCACUGGGCAGCCCAGGCUCCAGGCACUGCCUACUGCAUUGAGUGGCAGCUGGACAGCCAGGACAGAAGCCACGACAACUGCACUCUUACUGCACCAGAAGACAAGGUCCCGGCUGGGAUGGCUCACACCUGGAGCCCAGAACCUGGGGCAAUGAAGGAGGACUGUUACCGUGUCACCAUCUUCGCCUCCUUGCGUCCCGAUACGCUCUCAUCCUGGUCGACCGUCCUGUCGGGUUACUACUUUGGGGGCAAUGCUUCGGUGGCCGGGAGGCCACAGCGUGUCUCCGUGAAGAACUACAGUGGAGACUCAGUAUCCUUGGAGUGGACGCCAUCUCAGCUGAGCACCUGCCCAGGAGUCCUGAAACAAUACGUUGUGCGCUGGGAAGCAGAGGACAGUGAACCGGUGUCAGAGAGGCUCCUGCCACCCACAGAGACCCAAGUCACCCUUCAGGGACUGCGGACAGGGGUGGUGUACACGGUUCAGGUGCGGGCAGACACGGAGUGGCUCCCGGGUGCCUGGAGCCAGCCCCAGCGCUUCAGCUUCGAGCUGCAGAUUUCCCGCCUGUCCAUCGUCUUCGCCUCUCUGGGGAGCUUUGCCAGUGUCCUCCUCGUGGGUGUCCUUGGAUACCGAGGCCUGAAUAGGGCCGCCUGGCACCUGUGCCCACCCCUGCCCACACCCUGUGCCAGCACAGCUUUGGAGUUCCCUGGCAUCCAGGGCAAGCAGACUUGGCAGUGGAGUAGCCCUGGGGACUUCCCGGAAGUGCUGUGGCCGCAAGAGAUGCUAGUGGUGGAGAUGCCCUGGGACAGAAAUGACCAGACAGAGCCGGCCCAGGCCUGCCCUGAGCCCACCGUGGAUCUGGAGCCAUCCUUGCAGCAGGACGCAGUCCUGGGUCUGGGCGAGCAGGAACGUUUGGGUGGCAGCCUGGCCCGGAGACUCCCACUCCUGGGAGACCUGACCCAACCGGACCACAAACUUGUCGAUCCCUGGUGGACCCGGAAGGGUGAAGAACCGGGACUGUCCACCUUGCCUUACCGGCAGGAGGGCUAACUAUUGCAAUCAUGGUGACUGC